AUGCAUUUAACUUGGAGUCGAUUAUUGGCCGCUGUAUUGACCAUAUCUAUAUUUGUCUGUUUUAUCUUGUAUAAUUCACUGGAAACACAAACUUUCGAACAUAGACGAAAUUAUGAAGAUCAUCAGUUGGAAUUAGAGAAGCUGGAGAAACAGAUCAAUCUUUUAGAAGAUGAUGCGAAAAGGAGUGGACAAUUAAUGCACAACAUGUUGCAGAAAGUCCUCGAAGAACGUCAACGAUGGAAAAGUAAAACUGUGAGAGAAAUCAAAAAUGAAGAAAAAGGAAAGGACCCUAUGGAUGAAGCUGCUGUUGGUUUUUUACCGCCUCCAAAGAGAGCCGAACAGAUUGAAAAAGAGGUCCGUAAUGCGGAAGAAGCUGCGCAACAGAAAGCUCAGGAAGAACAAGCAAUACAUGGAGUCAUCCAUCCUCCAGAAGAAUCACAGAAGGCAAUGAAAAUUCCGGAUAGAAUAGGUGGAAAGAUUGGUAUUGUCAAACAAUUUAUGGAUCGCAUUUCUUCUACUCCGUCGCAUAAUAUGUGUUUUGCAGCUAUAUCUAUGACAACAUCUGAUAAUAACAAUAUCCAAAUGUUGGACAUAUAUAGUAAACUAGCAUUUGACGAUCCAGAUGGUGGGGUGUGGAAGCAAGGUUACGACAUUAUAUAUAAUCAAAUGUCGGUACAACGUGAAAAACGACUUGAAGUAAUUGUAGUACCCCAUUCUCAUAACGAUCCAGGUUGGAUAAGAACUUUUGAAGAAUAUUAUGAAAUUCACACACGAAAUAUAUUGAACAAUAUGUUGAGCCAUUUGCAAAAAAUGGAUGAAAUGCGUUUUGUUUAUGCAGAAAUAAGCUUUUUUGAGCGAUGGUGGACAGAAAUCGAUGAAGAGAAGCGGGAAUUAGUGAAGGGGCUUUUGAAAUCGAAAAAACUGGAAAUAUUAACUGGUGGAUGGGUAAUGCCUGAUGAAGCUAAUUCACAUUACUAUGGUGUAAUUAGUCAGUUAAUGGAAGGACAUGAGUGGAUACGCAAUCAUAUUGGAGAAGAUUAUAAACCAAAGAAUCAUUGGUCGAUUGAUCCUUUCGGUUUAAGUCCUACAGUUUCAUACUUUAUGAAAUUGUCGAAUUUUUCAAAUGGUGUACUUCAACGUGUGCACUAUUCGGUUAAAAAGUAUUUGGCAGAAAGGAAAGAGCUAGAAUUUAUGUGGAGACAAUUAUGGGGUAAUCGUGAUAACUCAACAGACUUUACUACACACGUCAUGCCAUUUUUUUCGUAUGAUAUACCUCAUACAUGUGGUCCGGAUCCGAAGAUAUGUUGUCAGUUUGACUUUAGACGUACUGCAGGGAGUGGCAUGGAUUGUCCGUGGAAAUUGCCGCCAGUUGUUAUCACCGAGAAUAAUGUUAAGGAAAGAGCGGCUUUAUUAUAUGAUCAAUACAGAAAAAAGGCACAAUUAUUCAAAACAAACGUUGUUUUGGUACCACUAGGUGAUGAUUUUCGUUAUGAUACCGAAUUCGAAUGGAAUAAUCAAUAUUCAAAUUAUAUAAAAUUAUUCAAAUAUAUGAAUGAACAAAAUGAAUGGAAUGUAAAUGCUCGUUUCGGAACUGUGGAUGAUUAUUUUCGUUUAGUUCAUGAACGGUUACACGAAGAUAACGAUAAAUUACCGGUCCUUUCUGGCGAUUUUUUUACAUAUGCCGACCGGAAUGAUCAUUAUUGGAGUGGAUAUUAUACGAGUCGACCGUUUCACAAGCGUUUCGAUCGUGUUUUACAACAUUAUAUCAGAACCGCUGAGAUUUUAUACAGUUUUAUGGGGAUAAAAGGAUUCAAAGAAAGGAAUGCAUUACGUUUAUUUGGAUUACUCGUAGAAGCUCGACGGUGGAUGAAUUUAUUCCAGCAUCAUGAUGGCAUUACCGGAACAUCAAAAGAUGAAGUUAUGGCUGAUUAUGGCCAGAAAAUGUUUGAAGCAAUGAAGAAAUCCGAAGAAAUUAUAACUACAGCUGCAGAUUUCUUGCUUAGGCAAAAAACAUCACAAGAUUUGUCGACCCCUUCAAGUUUUUUGAUAGAAGAAAGUCUUCGUACAUCUGAGUCACUUCCGAUAAAACGAAUUGUAGUGCAUGGAAGUGGAGUUAUCUUAUUCAAUUCAUUGGGAAACUUGAGGAUGGAGACGAUAUGUGUGCAUGUUAAUGCUUUGAAUACAGUAGUAGUGUUAGCUUCGGAACCUAAUACAACUGUUUUGCAACAAAUUGGUCCAAUUCUUGAAUUCGUUCACAAUAAAUGGGUUAUCGAUUCGAAGUUAUAUGAGCUCUGUUUUGUUUCCACUAUACCUCCGCUAAGCUUCCAGAAAUAUCUGUUUAAAUCUGGUGUUCCACAUAACAAAGCUGUGAUCCGAUUGAGUUCUACCGAAUUGCAAAGCAGUGAUUUUGAUAUCGCUCCACUAGGAGAUUUCACGUUCGAUAAUGGUUUAAUAUCAGCAACUUUUGAUCCAGAAACAGGUCAUUUGUCUUCAGUAUCAUUAAAGCAGAAAAAGAAUAUACCAGUAAGAACGUCGUUCGUCUGGUAUGGAGCAAGGAUGAAGAGCCCAUCACUUUUGAAAGGAACCGAUAAUCCUUCUGGUGCAUAUUUAUUUCUACCAGAUGGUCCAGCAAAACCACUGAAAUUAAAACAGUCAUUUAUAGCUGUUCAAGGAAUAGUAAUGCAAAAGGUGCUAGUAGCUAAUGAUGGAAACAUGACUUUCACUCAUGUUGUCAAAAUGCCAUUUUUAUCACCAUCGAUAGAGAUUCAAAAUACAUUUCAUUUGGAUACUGUCCAAAAUGUUGAACUAGCGAUGCGAUUGGAAGCAGGAAUUGGUAACGGGGAUGAAUUUUUCACUGAUCUUAAUGGAUAUCAGAUGGUGAAACGACGUAGACUCAAACAACUACCGCUGCAAGCUCAUUUCUUUCCGAUGCCUUCUUCAGCUUUCAUAGAAGAUGAAAUGCUACGUAUGACACUUUUGAGUGCUCAACCUUCAGGAGUUGCAAAUCUUGCUAGUGGACAGAUGGAUGUAAUGUUGGACCGGCGCUUAAAUCAGGAUGAUGGAAGAGGUCUUUUCAGUGGUAUAAUGGAUAACAAAAAAACAACAAGCUCUUUUCGACUCGUGUUUGAAGUUCCUUCUCGGAAUGUGCCGGUAAAUACGAAAGCCAGAGUUACUGCUUAUCAUUCGGCGCAUGCUUACGAUCGAAUGCUGUCAUUGCUAUAUCCGCCUGUAAUAUUGCUCACUAAUCUCAGUGAAGAUUAUAUGGAUAAUUAUAAGUUGAUGAAUACUGUAUUCUCGUGUGAUGAUACACAUCUGAUUACUCUACGUACCUUAGCAGCUCCAACUAUUUACGACACUCGUUCAGUUCACAUUCACAAACCUCGUAAUUCAUAUGCUCUUGUUUUACACCGCUUUGCUACUGAUUGCCGUUUUACUAGUAAAUUGCCAGAAACAUGUACUGCUACGCUUGAUGUAAAGCGUUUAUUCGUGAAGUCACCUUCACGUGUAGCGGAAACUUCAUUAACAAUGUUAUAUGAUUACCCUGGUGACGUAAAUAACAUAUCACUGGAACCUAUGGAAGUGCGAACAUUUAGGCUGGACUACACAUGA